UAGUAUUUAAAUUAUCAACUAUCUUGUAUCAGCUUAAUUUUGAAAUAUCAGUUAAUUUAUUGCUCAAAUUAAUCCUUUCUUUAUUUUCUCCGCCACAAGUUCAAAAGAUCGUUGCUCUCUGAGUUUCAGAUAGUGAGUGAUUAAUGGAUGAAAUCCAACACAAGUUCGUUAAAGUCGGAGCUCUGAGACUCCACAUAGCAGAAAUUGGAACCGGUCCAAACGUUGUCGUAUUCCUUCACGGCUUCCCGGAGAUAUGGUACUCCUGGCGCCACCAGAUGAUUGCCCUCGCCGCUGCUGGUUUCAGAGCUAUCGCGCCAGAUUACAGAGGCUACGGCCUUUCCGACCCGCCGCCCGCACCCGAAAAAACAACCUUCAAUCAACUUCUCGAUGACCUCCUCGCGAUUCUCGAUGCUCUUGCUCUUCCCAAGGUGUUUCUUGUUGGAAAAGAUUUUGGAACUCGUCCUGCAUAUUUGUUUUCCAUUCUGCACCCGGAAAGAGUAUUAGGAGUUAUCACUUUGGGAAUUCCUUAUGUUCCACCAGGCCCUUCUAUGUUUCAUAAAUUCCUCCCUGAAGGCUUCUACAUUUUGAGAUGGAGGGAACCAGGAAGGGCAGAGGCUGAUUUUGGACGCUUUGAUGCGAAAACAGUUGUGCGAAACAUUUACAUCCUUUUCUCAAAGAGUGAAUUACCGAUAGCUAGUGAAAACCAAGAGAUCAUGGAUUUGGUGGCACCUGAUACUCCUCUUCCCUCUUGGUUCACUGAGGAGGAUCUUUCAGCAUAUGGAGCUUUGUAUGAUAAAUCUGGAUUCCGAACUGCAUUACAGGUUCCGUACAGGUCAUUUGGUGAAGAUUUUAACUUACCGGACCCUGUAGUCAAUGUUCCAGUACUACUGAUAAUGGGUGGAAAGGAUUAUGUUUUGAAGUUUCCAGGGAUGGAGGAUUUAACAAAAGGUGAAAAGGCUAAAGAGCUUGUUCCUAAUUUGGAGGUUACAUUUAUUCCAGAGGGAACUCAUUUUGUUCAAGAACAAUUUCCCCAACAGGUGAAUAACCUUAUCCUUGCCUUCCUUGCCAAGCACACUUGAAUUUUGGUGGAAGCUUAAGGAUGGAUGGUGUAUGUGGGUUGGCAAGUGUGGAAUAUGGGGAAUUUAGCCAAUGAACUUUGCUUGUUGGACUUGGUUAGUUGUAUUUCGUGUGAAAUAAGGGAAUGUGAACUGUGUAUUUGUCUAUUUGAUGGUGUUUAUUAUACAGAGUUCAGUAAUAACUUUUGCAGAGUUGUGAAAGUACCAGUGAUUCCAAGGAAUAAAUUGUCAGAGAAACUGGCAAUGGACAUUUACAAUGACGGUAUUAACUUCAUGUUAAAUUGGACCGCCGUUGACAUAUUGGAUUUUGCUUGAUAAAAUAAUAUAAAGCUUUGUAUUCACUUGGGAUAUUAAA